AUGAAUCAGACACUGGUCACCGAGUUCCUCAUCUUGGGAUUCUCCCAAAGGCCUAGCCUGAAAAUGCUUCUCUUUUCCACCUUCCUCUGCCUCUACACAGCUGCCCUUUCAGGAAACCUGCUAAUUGUGGUGGCCAUCAUUGCCAGCCCAGCUCUGCACACCCCCAUGUACUUCUUUCUGUUUAACCUGGCCCUGGUGGACAUCCUCUGCACCUCCACCAUCCUGCCCAAGCUGCUGAGCAGCAUGUUGGCAAGGAGGACCAUCUCCUAUGGGGGCUGCAUGGCACAGCUCUUCUUCUUCACGUGGUCAAUGGGGGCUGAGCUGCUGCUCUUCUCAGCCAUGGCCUAUGACCGCUACAUGGCCAUCUGCCAGCCACUGCACUAUAGUGGCAUGAUGGGGCCCCGGGCAUGUGCAUUCCUGGCUGGGGUCGUGUGGGCCAUCAGCCUCACCAACACCUCAAUCAACACCUGCCUCACCAUGAGUCUGCAGUUCUGCAGGUCCAAUGUGGUUGAACACUUCUUCUGUGAGAUCCCCCCACUUCUGAAAGUCUCCUGCUCCCCAACUCACCUGAAUGAAGCUAUGGCCUUUGCAGCAGAUGUGUUCCUGGCUGUGGGGAACUUCUCUGUGACAGUCCUCUCCUACAUCUUCAUUGUCAUCAGCAUCCUCCGCAUCCCAUCUGCUGAAGGCAAGCGCAGAGCCUUCUCCACCUGCUCCUCCCACCUGCUGGUGGUCUCUGUGUACUACUGCACUGUCAUCUACACCUACAUCCGUCCUGCAUCCAGCUUCACACUGAACAAGGACAAGGGGGUGUCGGUCAUCUACACGUCUGUGGCACCCACCCUGAACCCCCUCAUCUACACUCUGAGGAACAAGGAUGUCAAAGUAGCACUCAGGAGACUUCUGUCCUGCAGCUGA